UCCAUGGGACGAGAGCUAACAAACGUUGAAACAGAGACUGUGAGACACAGAGAGACCAAGAAAAAGCAGCUUCAGAGCAGAUAUAGAGAACGUGGAGGCGAUAUCCAAGCGAUUAUCCUGGAUUUUCGAUCUGGAUUUUCUAUGUUUUUCAGUAUUACGUGAUAUUUUCCUGGAAAAUUCGUCUUUUCUCGACGCAUUUGACUCUCUCACAUGAAAUUUUGAGGAAGAUUUCCUCUGUCAGAGUCGUAGAUCUUGAGGUUGAAGAUGAUUACCUUGACGCUGUGUGUGGUGGCUAAGAAAUUGUAGGAGAACGAGUGGAAACGUGAACUAGCUGUCGUGAAAUUGCGAGAUAUGGAGAAGGAAGAGAAGAGCCAGAGAACCUAUAAAGGUCCAGAAACUGAUUUUUUCUUACAGUGGGGUAAUAGGAAGAGGCUUAGAUGUGUGAGGGUCAAAGACCCAAAUGUUUCAGUUCGAUCCAAUGGUGCUAUUCGCAGGAAAAUCACAUCUCGUAUUGAUCGCUCCGUCGUCACUGGUUCUGAGAAAGAAAGCGCUCAUCUUCAACCCAGUCGCUUCACAAGGAAUACAGAGGGUGCGACGCUUAGAUCGGUGACAAACGAGAACCGGAAAUCGGGUUCGUCGGAGAAGGAAGAUCGGUACUACACGACCAGAGGGUCGGCGGGUAUGGAUGAUAACGGCAAAGUUUCGGUUGAGGGUGGAGGAGGAGGUGAUGACAGAGGUCUGGUGUGGCCAAAACUCUAUAUUUCACUGUCCAGCAAAGAGAAAGAGGAGGACUUUAUGGCUAUGAAAGGCUGUAAGCUCCCUCAAAGGCCUAAGAAAAGAGCCAAGAUCAUUCAGAGAAGCUUACUUUUGGUGAGUCCAGGGGCAUGGUUGUCUGAUAUGUGUCAAGAGAGGUAUGAGGUGAGGGAGAAGAAGACUUCUAAGAAGAGACCAAGAGGAUUGAAGGCCAUGGGAAGUAUGGAAAGUGAUUCAGAAUGAAAGAGCAGAAGGGGGCUUUCCUUUGGUUUUUGAAUUUUGAAUUUUGAUUUCUUUCUUCUAUGGCAAGUGGGGAAGAUGAGAUGAGGCUGGCAUGUAUAGGAGUCUUUUCUAAUUUAUAAUGAGAAAAUACUUUUAUCAUUUCUUCUUCUUCUUCUUCUUCUUCUUCUACUCCCUUCUUUGGAAUGGGCCUCUCUAGACAUUGGGGGCUUUUGCAGCUCCUAAUACUAGAGAGAGUACCCUUUCUUUUUACCCUUUCUUUUUAAGGGCAGGUUCAUAUCCUUCCCCUCAAGAAGGUAAAGUUGCUUGUAGAAUCUUCACACAUUAUGACAGUAAAAGUAAUUAUUUGCCUUUUUUC